GCGGCUGCCGGGAGCCGCGGCACCGAGCUCACGGCGGGUGUCUGAGGCCGGUCUGAGGCCGAUCAUGGCGGUGCCGCCGUCGUCCCCCGCUCCGGGUGCCCCGGAGCCGCCCCCGCCGCCGCUGCAGUAUAGCCUGCUGCUGCAGCACUUGGUGGGCGAGCAGCGGCGGCCCCGCGCCUGGGACCCCGCCGCCCUCGGGGGAAUCCCCAGCCCGCCCAAGAGCGAGGAGCAGAAGAUGGUGGAGCGGGCCAUGGAGAGCUGCGCCUUCAAGACAGCGCUGUCCUGCGUGGGAGGAUUUGUUCUGGGAGGUGCAUUUGGUGUGUUCACAGCUGGCAUCGACACCAACGUUGGGUUUGAUCCCAAGGAUCCUUAUCGCACGCCAACCGCCAAAGAGGUUCUCAAAGACAUGGGGCAGCGAGGCAUCUCCUAUGCAAAGAACUUUGCCAUUGUGGGGGCCAUGUUCUCCUGCACUGAAUGUGUGGUAGAAUCUUAUCGUGGCAAAUCAGACUGGAAGAACAGUGUUAUUAGUGGCUGCAUCACAGGAGGAGCAAUUGGCUUCAGAGCUGGUUUGAAGGCAGGGGUCAUCGGCUGUGGGGGCUUUGCCGCUUUCUCCGCUGCAAUUGAUUACUACCUACGGUAACGGCGGCACCUCCUGCGAGCAAGAUUCCCUUCUGUCCCAGCGCUGCUCCUGAGAGCCUGCAGCAUGGCAGAACCACGAGGCUCACCUUUCCACUGCCUUUGGAGUGCUCAGCAGCGCGAGCUGGAUGCUGUUGGCUGCUCUUCCUCAGUGACUAACAACAGGCUGGCGGCGAGCCCUGGCGUGCUGCUUCGGGCAGGCUCGGGGAGUACACGAGGCUGGAGCCAGGCACAGGGAGCAGCAUCUCCAGGAUAAAUCAGCUGACUUUCAGUUUCCAGGAAAUAAGCCUGGCCUCUGAGCUCUCUCAGUCCUUUGGGUCUGAUUUUGAUUAAGUCUGUUGCUGGCAUCACAAGAGGCAGGACAGUCUUCAGAAAGAAACGCAGUGAUUGAGGUUGUCCUGUGUUUGAACACGCUGCAAGUGUUUAACAGUUAUCAGUUUGCAGCUUGCUGCUCUGUUGGGAAGAGGUAAGAUCCUGUGGAGAAAUAAGUUUGUUCCAGGCUUUUCUUAAAAUACCAGCUGAAGACAAACCACCAUCUGUACAGCUUGUCUUAUUUCAAGUACAGAGAUGAGAGCCAGAUCUCUUUACCAUGUCUUAAAGGGAAAAGCAAGAAGGAAUCCUUAGCCUUAGAACCAUGUGGUUACUGGCAGAUGAAUAAAACAGUUUAAGGGGAAAAACAACAACAAAAAAGAAGUUAUUGCAGAAGUAUAAUUCUCUGCAACCACUUGGCUAGCCUGAUUUAACCUCACUGUGGGGAAUACAAAUAAUCUUGCUACUGCUUUAACUGCCACAGGCUCACACCAAUGGUUCCAGCAGUUUGAUAGUGAGAUUAGAAAGCAGAGCUGUGAGAAUAAACUGCUGUUAGAGAACUGUUUUUUCACUUAGCAGGCAGGCUGUUUCCCAUCACGUCCCUGUACCACCUCCCCGUGCCCCAGCAUUACUCUGGGGGAAGUGUUAUUUCUGCAGAAGAUUGGUACUGAAGUUAAAACAUCUGUUCAUUAGCUCAAGGAGCUGCUCCCUUUUUGAGCUGCAUUCGUAUCAGCCCUCUUGCUCUUCUAACUCAAGCUCAGGGGGUGGGUAUUAUACUCUGAAAGGUUUAGGCUAAUUUUAACCUUCCUUGAGCCACUCCACAACGUGAGCCCCCUCCCCCAUCUUUGUGAGGCAGUGGAAUUUAAGGUUCAAUGCACACACCUAAUGAGGGUUUUCCCACCCACUUCCCCUCCUUUGCACCCACAGUUUGAUAUCCCUCCAUGGUGACAGCAGGCACUUACUUGGAAGAACAACACUGGCAGUGUUGUUUGGCUGAUAACAGUGGUCAGUUUGGAGGCACGUUGUCUGCCAUUCCCCCAUGAAAAGUGGGGAGACAGCACCAUGUGAUCAAUCAGAUGAGGUUUCCAGAUUGCCUGAUGUCCCUUGCUGUACCUGUUCAGUAUCCUCAGGCCAGAAGCUGUGCAAGUCAGCUGAAUUUUAAGCUUGAGUAAUUCAGGGCUGAUUAAACAGGCUGGCUCCAGACAGUUGUUUUUUUACCUCCAGAAUGUACAGAAAUGCAAGGAUGUAGCCCAAACCAUAAGAUGUUUCUUAAAACAUUGCCUGGCACAAUGCCUGUGCUUAUACCACUGGCUUGAAGUGCAACUAGCAAGAUUUCCAUGCCAGAAAGAGAAGCUGUGGUGCCAAGGUGAUCAGUUAGUGCAAACAGCAACACCACAGGGCUCCUUUUGUGCAAAUGUUGGGGCUUUGCAUUUUUAUUAACGUUCUUUCUUUUCUCCUCACAUGGUUUACAGCCAUUUAAAGUUUAUACUCUACAGGAAUUGAAACAGAACACAAACAAAAAUAUAUCCUUAACAACCUUUGAAAGUCAAAUAUUAAUUAACAGUUCUAUUCUACCUGUAGCUGCAA